UCCGUCCGUCCAUCCCUCCCUCUGUGACAUCCCAAGCUUUUUCCGCGGACGUUUGUUGAGUGAAGUGGUGACGGCGAUUUGUACGUUGUUGAGGGUCCUGUAUUGCCUCAUCGCCCUUACAACGUUCAACGGAUAUCGGUCCAUAGAAUUAAGACAGGAUCAGAGUUCUUUUUUCCCCUCCGGACACCGCCACACGUAAUGACGCACGCUAGGCGCUGUAUCUCUCUCGGUGGACAGAGAGGAAAACGUGCGUCUGGUCGACCAAAGGUACAAACGAAUUUUGACGAACUUUCAGAGGACGUGGAGCAUCAACUCGAGGUGGACAAAUUCCGUCCUAGGACCAAGAUCAGAAACAGGCUCUUUGUUUGUGUGGGAAGUAACAACAGCAACAACAACAACAACAACUACAACAACAACAACAGCAGCAGCAAACCGGGUGUGAUGUCCGUAGCCAGUGCACCGGGCAAUAUGUUCUCGUGCAUCCUGGGGGUUCUCCUGGUUCUCCUGGGUGUCACCUCCCUGAUCACAUCUUCACUGGCCACCAAUCUAGCCGUGACGACAGCCACAGCAGAUGGCAACAGCAGUAGCAGCAGCAGCAGCAGUAGCAACAAUAAUGAUAAUGGUUUGAAACCGUACAAACCCUCUCCGUUCUCCUCCUCCUUGGCCACAGCAAACAGCGAGGACCACUUAGAGCACUACACACUGACAGACAACGAGCCCGGAGACCCGCCCUUCUCAGGCCGUCGCCGACACCACCGGGGAGGGAAAACGCCCAAAGUGAACAUAGCAGACGUCGGGAACGGGGGCGGGGGCGGGGCUCACCUCGGGAACAGCGGGGGCGGGAACAGCAAGCUCGGUCAGGUGACGAACGAGGAGCUGACGGAGCAGCAGGAGUCUGCCGGGGACUCCGAGCUACUCGUGUGGCUCAACGAGUCGGAGCACAAGCGCAACAAGCUCAAAGUCGCCUUCAACUUCUCCUGGCCUCUCCGCGAGUCUGCCAGCGUGGUGGACGGGCAGCUGGUGCUGGGAGCUCUGCACAUGAUCCAUGAGAGGUCCGAGGAGUACAUGUGUGGCAAGGUCAUGGACCAGGGAGGCAUCCAGGCGCUGGAGGCCAUGUUGUUCACGCUCGAUCACGUCAACGGGAAGUACGACCGAAUGCUCAUACCCGGCGUGCGGAUAGGAGUCCUGGCGAAGGAUGAUUGCGAUACGGACAUUUUCGGCUUGGAGCAGGCUUUGGAUUUCAUUCGGGGUGAGUAG